GACUAGGUCCUAGCACUUGUAAGCCAUAUCUAGGGCGUCUUGAACGUAUAUAUAGGCGGGAGCAACACGAAGCGACUCGACAGUUCUAUCGGCCAGUCAUGGAUGCUCAUUACCUGGCGGAACGCGACCGUCUCAUCGCGGAGGACAGGAGCUUGAGAGUGGAUGCCCUCGCACUCGAUCAGGCUACGGACGCCGAGAAGAAAGCGGAUGCCAUAGUCAGGAAGUUGCGCGCCUUGGAGAACGAGACAGUGUGGGGCCCGAAUGCACCACCCCCACCUGGAUCUCUUCAUGUGUUUCCAGGGAUGAGUUUUUUAACAGCCCGCGAAACGAUUGUGAAGACGAGAUUGUUCAAUAUUAUCAGUAAGAUGCCGAAGGGCGGUCUGUUGCACGCCCACCUCGACGCGACAGUGAACGCUCGUAUGCUCCUCCGCCUGGCUUUCAAGUACCCCGCAUACCACGUGCGCACAAAUGUCCGGCUCACGAGGGAGACCAUAUCGACCACAUUGCCAGAGUUCCGCCCGUUGAAGGAAAGCCAGUGGACAACACUGACGAGUCUCACCGACGACGCAUACACCCCCGGGUCGUGGGUGCCGCUGGCUAGUGCAAGGGAGACCUUUGACCCGAGCCUUGGCGGUCCUGAUGGCUUUGACGACUGGGUUAUCGCUGCGCUGACGAUCAACCCCACCGAAGCGUACCAUACGCAUAAUACGACAGACAAGAUCUGGCAGAAGUUUCAGUCAACUUUCUUUGUAACUCGGGGCUUUUCGCGGUACUUCCCGCUUUGGAUUGAGUAUCUCCGCGAGUUUUUCCUGUCCUCGGUCGACGACGGCAUUUCAUAUGUGGAGCCGCGUGUCCCGUUCUGGUUCAAACAUAUGAUCGAUGCAGGCGGAGAAGAGAACGUCCCACAUCGUGAAUGGCUUAUCGCGUACAACCGUGUCAUUCAGGAUGUGAAAGACAAGCUUGCAAAGCUAGGGAGGGCGGACGAGUUCGUUGGCUCUAAGAUUAUUUACAGCACUUUACGAGUGUGCACCCCCGAAGAGCUCGAGUGGUAUCUUGAGGACUGUAUCGCGCUCAAGCAGGAAUUUCCCCACUUGAUAUGUGGAUUCGAUCUGGUGGGACACGAAGAUCCUCUCAAGCCGCUCAUCUACUACUUCGCCCCGCUUAGAGAGUUCGUGCGCCGGCAGAAGGAGCUUGGACUCCACAUUCCAUUCAUCUUCCACGCCGGCGAGACUCUCGGCGAUGGUACAGCGGCGGACAUGAACCUAUAUGAUGCUAUCCUCCUAGGGACGAAGCGCAUUGGUCAUGGGUUCUCUCUCGUAAAACAUCCUAGGAUUCUAGAAAUAUGCAGGGAGCGACAGAUUGCGGUAGAAGUCUGUCCAAUUUCCAACGAAAUCUUGCGAUACACGGGCUCUAUGCCGAUGCACCCGCUGCCCAUCCUGAUGAGCCAAGGCAUUCACAUUGCAUUAAGCUCAGACGACCCAGCGAUGUUUGGAAUCAUGGGCCUUUCAUUCGACUUCUUUCAGGUUGUUGUGGCGAGCGAGGUGACUGGACUCAUCACGUUGAAAGAGAUGGCCCAAGACAGCAUAAAGUAUUCGUGCCUCCAACCAGAGCAGCAGCAACGAGCUUUGUCGCUCUACCGCCAGAGAUGGCUCACGUUCGUCGAUUGGGUCAAUGAUACUUUUGGAGAAGAUUACUAGCGACCGUCUCGGCAUACUAACUGCCUCCAUCCCGAUUCAACUCGUUGAUGGUCAGAAUUGAUAGUUUCAUACAGAAUUACGCGCAUCUCGGGCAGCUACUAAACUAGAGUCUCAGCCAUCAUGAGUUGGGCGCGAUAGGGGUCAUGUCGUCGGAAUGAUGCUCUGGUGCUAUGCGCUGAGCGGAUAUGAUCUUUCUUUUCCCCAUAAAUCCCUCCGUCUCUAUUGUCCUCCAUACAAGCUACUUAUUGCAAGGGAUCUGAAAGAGAGUAGGUGCCUUUGCGGCAGCGCCGCUAUCGACACUGAAGAAUAGGGGCAACCCGGCCUCAAACUGCGGGUGAUGACCACGUCGGUCAUAUUCGCCAUCUUGCAGCCGAAGGGGCAGACAAUGGCUUCGCAAUAGAUAAGACAAUGCUGUAAGGUUAUCGUUGACAUCUUCAGAGAAUCCCUCGCGCA